AUUUGUUUACGGAAGUAGAUAUCCUGCAUGUUAUUCUUCGGCCCGCUCUGUGUCACCGUUGUGUCUGUUAAACAACGGCUUGGUUUAUUAUUUGAAUUCAAAUACAAAUGAAUUGCAAAAACGACGGGGUGCCAUUUCAUCUAGGCUAGCUAGGUGUCUUUAACUUCGUCAACGUGGUUGCAAACUCAUUCCAUCUGGCAGCAUUGUGGUCGAGCCCGUACAUCCAUCACAUUUACUCUGUUAUAAACCUGAACGUCACGUGUCACUCGGAGGAGAACGGAUGGACUUCACGGAGACCUACGGCGACACGGUGUCGAGCGUGGCCGCAGCCGCGCGCUCGGGCUGCCGGGAGCGCGUCCGCAGGCUGAUCGCCGAGGGCUGCGUGAUUGACAGCCGGGACAACCGCGGCUGGACGGCGCUGCACGAGGCCGCGGCAGCCGGUGCCAAAGACUGCGUGCGCGAAAUCGUGUCUGCAGCCUCGGGCUCCGCUGGCGGUCUGCGCGCGUUUGUGAACGCCGAGACGCACGAAGGGGAGUCUGCGCUGUUCUUGGCAGCGCAGCGGGGACACCUGGCGGUGGUGCGACUCCUCUUGAAAGCACACGCCAAUAUUGACCAGUCCACGAACGACCUCUCCUCUCCUCUCUAUGCAGCCGUGGACGGUGGUCACAAGGAGGUCGUCCAGCUGUUGGUCAGCAGGGGGGCCGAGGUCAACGGCACGCACACGGCCUGUCGAUGGACCUGCCUCCACCACGCCGUCUACAAGGGCUACAGGGAGAUUGUGGCUGUUCUCAUCGGCGUGGCUCGCCUGGAGGCGGUGGACGACCACAGCAUCACGCCCCUCUUCGUGGCAGCGCAGUACGGCCGCCGCAGGUGCCUGGAGGCGCUCAUUGGAGCAGGGGCCAACGUCAACACCCAGGCGGCAGACCUGGCCACGCCGCUGAUGCUGGCGUCCCAGGAGGGCCACGAGGGCUGCGUGGAGGUCCUGGUGCAGCACGGGGCGGACCCCAACCUGGCCUGCAGCCGCGACUGGCCCCAGCUGCCCAUCCACGCCGCCGCCGAGUUCGGCCACCGCCGGAUCCUGGAGAGGCUGAUCGCCAUCACGGACCGCGCCUGCGACCGCGGGGAGGGCCGGGUCAGCCCGCUCUACAUGGCCGUGAGGAAGCCCAGUCCGAGCGUCGGGCUGCUGCUGAGGGAGGGGUACAGCCCAGACGCCCAGGACUGCACCCCCAUCCUGGGCCUCCGCUCCCCUCUGGCCUUCGCCUUAUCGCUCUCCCCCGACCGGCGCUGCAGUGAGUCGGUGAGGCUGCUGGUGGCCGCGGGCGCCCGUCUGGACGAGGACCCCUGGAUGCACGCCCUGGCCCUGGGGAACACGGAGCUGUUGAGGCUCAUACUGAGUCACAGGGGGCUGCCCGGUCCGGGGGCCCCAGAGGGGAGGACCGGGGCCCCCGGUGCGGUGUUAAGCCUACAGGAGCUCAGAGGGCUGGUGUGUGUGGCCCUCAGCGCGGUGCGAAGCGCCCCCUGCUGGCUGCCCCUGCUGCUGCGGGCCGGACUGGACCCUUCUCUCCUGCUGCAGCCCAACAUGCUCCAGGAAGCAGACGGUGAUGUGUUGAACUACCUUCUGGCGUUUGUGAACUGGUCCACUCUGAGUCCGCCCCUGAGGCGCGUUCUGGACCUCAGGCUGGAGGAGCGGUCCUGGUCGCCUCACGACCGUUACGAGUCCGUCCCGUGUCUGUCUCACCUGUGCAGGCUGGCGGUCAGUGAGGUCGUGGGUCGUCCGGCUCUGCGCACGGCGGCGGCCGUCCAGCAGCUGCCGGUGCCCCCCCUCCUCCAGCGCUACCUCCGCUACGCCGAGGUCCCGCCUCCCCCGGGCGCCCCAGGCUCCGCCCCCCUGCCGCUAGUGUCCGACCUGACGGAGGAAUACCGUCACACCCACACGCACAGACAUGUUGUAUGAAGACCUAAUAAAAGGUUUAGAUUGUCCUGUUGGUUGUUUUCC